UGAUGCAUGUGUGUGGCUGCCAUUUUGAUGUUUAUUUUGUAUUUUUGUAAUUUUGAGAUACUUAAUGUAUACGAAUAAUUUCGUGAAAGAUAUUAAAAAAUUACUGCAAAAAUCUCAAUGUGUAUUUUAUCUCAGGACAUGGUGAUAAUCCGAAAACUAAUACAAGUUAGAUAUGUUUGAACCACAGUGAAGAUUAUGUUUUUCAAAUCCUUUGAUGACAUCAAAGUAUUUAAUUUCACAAUAAACAAUUUAGUUUUACGCACGCAUAAUAAUUAUCGUCCAUGAGCAGUAAAGCUGGUUUGUCUGGCUAUCAGCCACUACAAUCAGGACAACCUGCCCCAAAUGAAAACGGUGAUGUGGCAAACGCAGAAAAUGGGGAUAAACAAAAAGAUUACUGUAGGGAUUUUAUAUGGGGAGCAUGUACGAAAGGCUCUCAGUGCAAGUUCCGUCAUGAGUUAGAAUUUGAGGUUAUGAAAAAGACUUUAAAGUUCUGCCACGACUAUCAAAAUUCGACUGGAUGUUCACGGGAACACUGUACAUAUCUGCAUGCAAGCAAGGAGGAGCAGAAUUUGUUCAACGCGACAGGGCAACUGCCGCAGGUUUUAGCGCAGAGGCACGCCAAUAUGUCUGCAGGGGCUGCCGAAACUAUACCCCAAAUAGCGUUAUAUAUACAAGAGAGUCUAGCGGGGGCUCAUCCACCGCCGCCGCCACCUUUGCCGCCGGCUUCUGUUUCUGUACCCGGGAACGUUGCUCCGCCGCCCUCCUACGCCUCCGCCGUGUACCAGCCUCCCGCCGUGUACCAGCCUCCCGCCGUAUACCAGCCUCCCGCCGUGUCUGUCGCGCCGGUAGCUGCGCGGCCGGCACCUGUGAUGGCUGUCCAGCAGCUGCCUCCACCGCCGCCCCCGCCUACAGUACCAUCUACUUCUGUUAGACAACGGGCACCUGUAUUUACAGCCGCACCUCCAACCGCCCAAAUGUUUGCGACGGCACAGGCACCUGCACCCGCACCUGCACCCGCCCAAGCAUUUACGAUGGCACAGGGACCUCCACCAGUAGUACCCAUGUAUGACGCUAGUAAGCCACCUCCGCCAUUAAUGCCGACACAUUUUCAGCUGAAAAGUGAGCCAAAGAAAAGGCAAGCUUCAAAUGAAGAUGCAAAUGCUCGACCGACCAAAGUUAGGAAAGCCGAGGAGGUCAAAAACGCAGACGCCCUCUGUGAACAGUGCGUACAAAGGAACCAAAGGAUUGAGGCGAUUAGGAAACAAUUGGAUGCAAUUUAUACAGAAGAAGAGUAUGAGACUAUGAUGUAUAAAAAGAAGUUUGAUGAGUACCAGAAUCUGAAAGAAAUAUUGAAAUCAUUGAUCAGCACAGAUCUAUUCCAUAAAUUCGUUGAAGAAAAUGUGGAGGGAAUACCUCAAAAUCAAUUCCAUAACAUGUUCAGCCAAGCUCCGUUUUCCACAGGAGUUUCAACAAUUCCUAAUCAUUUCCUGUUACAACUGAUAGACUAUGUGAUGACAGAUGCAAGGAACGUUGAUUUGGCUCCAUCUCCUUCCUUGCGCAUAGAUGAAUCACUUAUUCAAGCAUUGUCUGCAUUGCCUAGAAAGGCGAAUCCUGUCAAAAUAAUAUAUCAUAAUAAUAAUAAUAGUACCAAUAAUAAUGCACCUCCUGAGGUUUUGCAGACGUUUAUGGACAUCUUGCGGCAAUUUAACCAACAAUCCGACAAAUCGCCACCUUCAGAACCAAACCGUGACCUAAACAAGAGUCCAAACACAAGCAAUAAUACAACAAAUGGCUCCUACCAAUACACAACUAGGCAACAAGAUAUACCUGUGACAGUGAACUCUAGUAGAUAUCCGCCACCACCUGGAGCUGGUAUGCAUGGGGUCGCAAUGUCACAGUUGUAUGCGCCCCAGGUAGCGCCCGCGCCGCAGCCUUACCAGCCUUAUCAGCCAAUGCCGCCGGCAGGGCUUUACUACCCACCACCAUACGCUGGACCUCCCGCAGGUAUGCAAAUGGCUCCAGAACCCCAGGCGACGAGAGCGCAUGUCCCCGUAACAAUAGCGCCCGCGCCCCCGCCGCCUGCACCCCUUGCACCCGCCGCGCCGCCCGCGGUACCGCCCAUGUACCAACCUAGUCACUACGCGAUAGGACGCUACCCGCCGCCUUACUACCCACGACAUCAGUAGCACAACGCUGAAGCACCUCUGCUCAUCGUAUUUUAACCAUGGUUU